AUGCGGUUGCAAGUAGUCACUGCGGUGGCUGCGUGGGCAGUUACAUCAGUUUGUCAGAGUGUGCCCAUGAGCCGGAACCUUUGGUCUCGCGAUGCCGACUUCAAGGAGCUCAGCGAGAAGCUCUCCAGCUCUGCUAAGGCUUACUACCCUGGCACAGAUGAGUUCAAGGCGGCCAACGAGCGGUGGUCCAAUUUGGAUGUUCCCACCGUGAACAUUGUUGUUGUUCCCGGUACUGAGAACGAUGUUGUUGAGACGGUCAAAUUCGCCAACAAAAAGCAAUUGCCUUUCCUGGCUUACAACUCCGCACACGGAGCUAUCCGAACCUUGGGAAAGAUGACCAGCGGAAUUGAAAUCUACCUCGAUCAACUCAGCGGUGUCAAAAUCGCUGAAGAUGGCAAAACUGCUACCAUCUCCGGUGGAACCAAGUCUAAGGUGGUGACCCACACACUGUGGGAUGCUGGAAAGCAAGCAGUCACUGGUGCCUGCGAAUGUGUCAGCUACAUCGGCCCCGCAUUGGGUGGUGGCCACGGUUGGCUCCAGGGCCGCCACGGUCUGAUCGGUGAUCAGUUUGAAUCCAUGAACAUUGUGCUUGCCAACGGUACCCUUGUCACUCUGGACUCAAGCUCUGAGCUGUGGUGGGCCCUUAACGGUGCCGGUCACAAUUUCGGAGUCGUUACUUCCAUCACUUCCAAAAUCUUUGACGUCGAGCACAAAGACUGGGCCAUUGAGAUCCUCACUUUCAGUGGCUCCAAGGUGGAGAGCCUCUAUGACUCCGUCAACAAAUAUCUUCUGAAGAACGGCACCCAGCCCACCGAUGUCAUCAACUGGUCUUACUGGGUCAACAUGCCCGAGGCUGAUCCUAGCAACCCCGUCAUCCAGAUCUUGAUCAUCCAAGAAGGCGUCACAGCUGUUGACUCUUCCUACACUGCUCCCUUCCACGCCUUGAAGCCUAUCUCCACUGAGACCCACACUGGCGGCUACCUCGAUCUCGCAAAGUGGGUUGGUGUCACCACAACCGAUGGACCCUGCCAGAAGACUGGCGCCAUGAACCCCCGGUUCCCCAUUUACCUCGAGACCUACGACAUUUCUGCGCAGAAGGAAGCCUACGAGCUCUUCGCAGAGAACAUUCGUGGUGACUCCAUCUUCAAUGGCUCUCUGUACACAUUUGAUGGAUACUCCAUGGAGGGUGUGAGAUCACUCGAUGACAAGAGCUCAGCCUUCGCCUACCGUGAGCAAAACGUCCUUACUGCCCCCUUGAUCACCUACAUGCCCGACGGCCCCGAGCUGGACGAGAAGGCUGCUGCACUGGGCAACAAGCUCAGACAGAUCCUCCACAAGGGAACUGGUCGCUCGUACAUCCCUGCGUAUGUCAACUACGCUAAUGGUGAUGAGGGCCCUGAGGAGUGGUAUGGCAGUGAGAGCUGGAGACAGAGCCGUUUGCAGAGCUUGAAGAAGAAGUAUGAUCCCAGUGGGUUGUUCAGCUUCUACGCUCCUAUUGCUUAG